AACAUACCCACCACAAAUUGGGAUAACCAUAUCUCCCCGUGCCACCAUGGCGGCAGCGCCACCGCGACCACCGCCCCCUCUGUUUCCACCGUCGACGCCCCUAACCUCUUCUUCUGCUGCUUUUUCAUUCACGCCUUCGUCUCUCUUCUUUUACAGCCUCCCUAUUUGUAACCCCAAACUCUCAGAAUCUUGGUCCUCCUUAUCGCCGUCAAUUACCGCUACUAGUUGUUAUUGCUCGUCUUCACAAAUUCCGGUUGCCGGAUUUCAUCAGCCUGCAAUUCCGGCGCACUCGAUUUUGCUCUUCACCGGCAUUGAAUCUCCCAGGGUCGACACUCAGACUUUCAUCGUUUCUGUCAGCGUGUUGGUCGCCAUAGCACUCUCUCUUUUUCUCGGCUUUAAGGGUGAUCCUGUGCCGUGUGACAGAUGUGCCGGGAACGGUGGGACUAAAUGCGUAUUCUGCACCGAUGGCAAGAUGAAGGUCGAAUCGGGGCUCGUAGAUUGCAAAGUUUGCAAGGGUGCAGGAUUGAUUCUGUGCAAGAAAUGUGGAGGCUCUGGAUAUUCGAAACGCCUGUGACAAUAUUUUUUCCAGGUCUGUAAUUUAUUUAUCCUUUGUUGCUUGCUAUUGAUGGUAAUUUUUUGUUUUUGGUUCAUUCCUGUGAAUUUAUCAAAAGGAGGCAUGGAGUUAAAUAAAAACAAGAUUUAGUAGAA